AUGGUCCUGGUCCAGCUGCUCAGCCACCCGACGUUGCACGGUCCCGCGUUCCAGGCGCUCAGAAAGGGGAUCGUGCUGACUCCCCAGGAGACCAAGCGAUCCGACAUGGGCAAAGUGGACAUGUCGAUUUUGAGCGGGUCCUCGGACUAUGCGCGGCUGAAACGGUACAUCAAGGCCAACAGAGUGAGUCUCAUGUAUGUGGAAAUAUACUGGAAGCUGGACCUGUCGAAAAUUGAGUUUGUCUUGGAAAACACUGCAGGAAUCAAAAUCGGGUGCUCGUAUCUGGAGGAGCUGUUCGUUUUCCGCAACGGCAAGUAUUUGGACAAGGUGCGGUCGCUGAAGGGGCUCAUACUGUGUUUCGGGCUGUCCAAGCUCAACACAAGCAGAGACGUUCUGACGCGACUGACGCACCUGUCAGAAAUCGAUAUCUGCACGAGCUCCACAAUGUACCACUCCAAAGAGUACGAGAGAAUCCUGGAAACCAUCAUUUGCCUCAACCCGAGCAUCGAAACCGUCAAGCUGCGCAUCGACACGCUGAUUUCCACGCCUCUGCCGGCGUAUCUGCAAACGGUCAGCAAAAUGAAAAUUAAAAAGCACAUUAGUAUAAAUAUGAAGGACCGGUCACUGCUCGGAGCAGCCAGCGAGCGCUCGGGCGCGACGAUUUUCAACAGCAUUUUCUCGGCCAUCAGGACUAUCGGCCUCGACAGCAUAUAUGAGCUGGACCUGUCGCUGAAAGAAGAGCUCGACGCCUCGCACCCAGACUUGUCCUGGCUGGACAAAAUGCACAGCCUGAAAAGCUUAUCGAUCAAGGUGGUCGGAGAUAAAGCGCAGAGCUGCGACUAUGUGAUAGGGCUGCAGAGCAGAUAUUUGACCUCGCUCGCGAUCAGCGGGGUGCUGCUCACGCAGAGCGGCAUAGGGUUCGGCAGGCUGGAGAACCUGAAAGCCCUGACAUUUUCAAAUUGCACAUUUUCCACCACAGCCUCAGAUCUUCUCAACACCGGCUUACCUAAGCACCUAGAGAACUUGUGCCUGACCAACUGCAAGCUGGACUGGCACGCGGUGACGUUUCCCGCACAGCUUGGCAGGGUGUGCAUUCUGAACUCGAGGCUGAUCGAGUUCUCGACGGCGGUUCGCUCUCGCUUCAACAUAGUGCCAUUGCUCUCGGAAUUUAUCAAAAUCUACCACCUCGACCGGGAGUGGACGGAACGAGCAUAG